AUGUCAAUCGAUUCGUUAAACCCCUUCGUCCGAACGUUCUGGUUGGGAAAAUUGUCUCAGACGUUAUCGAAUGAAAAUGAUGACUUGGAUCUCCUCGUGAAAGAAUCUGCCAACCUUUGGGCUAGUUGCGUGAGCACCCAAGCUAGUCAGAUGAUCGGAGUUGGUGGAACCAUAGCGAAAGAUGCUUCAAAUGUGGACGAAUUUUUUUGUGAAGACGGUUUUCUGAGACCAAAAGUUAUCCACCGUUUAUUCGAUGCAGAAGUUGGAGAAUAUUUUUUAACAUUGGAUGUCAUAUUGGAGAAAAAUGUUGACUGGAUUUAUUAUGGCAUCAAAGCGGAUGAUGAGAGUGCAGGCGAGGAACCGAAAAAUUUGAUUUAUGAAGAGUUGGGUGGCGGCAUGAUGGAUUUGAUCCUUGAUUUAUUUGUUCACGCAGAUGGCCCAAGGUUGAGAGAUCGUAUAGCUCAUGGUGAAGCGAAUCAUCUUAUUUCGUCCAGUUUACCGCCGCUGUACUCCUACUAUGCUGGAUUAUUGGUUGUACUGUGGAUCAAGUAUCGUACCAGAUUUUCAUUGAUAAACUCAACGGAGCUGGAUAAAAUGAUAGGCCUGGAUGAAAAAGUUGGUAGUGAAAAUUUGAAAUCAUUCUGGAAUGAAGAGAGCGAAGAAAAUGUCGAGAAUGUUAUUCGAGUUUAUGAAGAUUGGAUAUCUGCAUAUCAAUCACGAUUUCAUCCUGUUCCCAUGCUAUGGAAAGAAAGUAUACAAUUGAUUACCAACAUUUGGAAAUGUUGGAAUGUUGCGGAAAUGAUAGAGAAAACAGGAAAAUUCGUGUUGGGCGACUGGACACGAUUGGACUCCGAAGAUAGUUUCGCUUCCACGUUUGAUGACAAAGAUAAUGAACCAAACGAUGCAAAUAAUGAUGUUACUAAUUCUGAGAGUUUGUUUAAGCGAAAAUUUUUGAAAGAAAUUGUUAAGGAAGACAGCGUUAUAAAUGUAAUGAAAAAGUCGUGUAAGAAACUUGAAUCGAAAAAGUUUAGAAAUACUGGUGAAGCGAGAGAACCUAUCUUUCUGUGUCAAGUGAGAUACACUAAAGAGGAUGCGAAGAAUGUUAAUUUUCAACGAGUAGUGAUUAAGAAAGCUAAUAAUGGUGUUGAGAAGCUACAUGAAGUUCUUAAAUCAAUACAUUCUUCGGCGUCACUUUCAUCGCGCAAACGCAAGAAUGUGCAAUCUCUAUUCACUUUACUCCCCACCAUCUUGUUAAAAUUAUAUUUUGCACUGUUCACGUUAGAAUGUUUGACCAUUAUUGAUGAACAACGAAACUUGCCCACCACUGCCAACCAACAAAAACUUUUUUCGGCGGUGUUGAUCUUUGUGGAGAGGUGGAGCAGUUAUUGCGCUGAGGGAAAAUGGAAAGAUAUCGAUGAAGUGUUUGAACGAAUGAGAAAGUGCUUUCGCUGA